AUGGAGAUAAUCUGGAGAGGUAAUCCGUCCAUGCUGCUCGCUCGGGAAGCGCUUAUUUUUCAUCUCCAGCACAACACAGAUUUUACCGUAAAAACCUCAAUGGUGAAUCUUUGGGGACAGAGGUGGAAAGAUUACGUUGAAGACGAGGUCCCUGCGUUUUUCCUGUUGACGGAUGCUGAAAACAUUCCUUGCCAGGAUGAAAAGCUAAAAAAAACAAUUGAAUUUUUUUUCCGGUGUCUCUUGUAUCAUUGUCUCGCACAUGGAUUGAAUUGUGUUUUCAUUUCGGGCAUCCAGACAACUGCGACAAAAGUGAUGGGAUUUUACAUGGAUUCCUCUGCCAUUCACAAAAAGUUCUUUACGAAGGUAAAAAUUAUUCUCUUGGGAGACUAACAAAUUAUGAUGAUUAUAAUGGAGUAAGUUUCUGAAGAAACUGUGGUGUAGUGUCGGUUGGGUAUGUUACACGAUAAUUUGGUUUUAUCAACUGAGUCGAUAAUGUAAAUUGGCCAUCGUACAAAGGCUUCUUAGACUGACAAUCAAAACGUCAGCUUUUUGUAAAUUCACAUUACACCACAUCAACUUUUCUGAUGAAACUGAAUUAUGUAAAAAACUGAAUACCUCGUAUUUUUGCACUAGAGGUGUAGAUUGAUCCAUGUUUACGUCAGAAUAAUGCUCAAUUCACUGUCAAAAGAAAUUCGUUAUUUCUUCGAUUUGCUCUAAACCGCUUCGUGAUUGGUCGAGGAAACUCAUCUUCCCUAGCUAACUGCUCAGUUUCAAAACAAAAUCCAAACUCGACUCGGCCACUCACUUCUCCCCCUCAUUUCACACCGUUGGCUUCCAUCUCGUUUAAAAAGUUCCUGUUGGAUCUUUGUUUUGAUUUAAUUUGGUCACGGAUUUAUCAUACAUGUAACACCCAAUGCACAUGCGUACUAAUUUGCUUCAAUAUAUGAUUGAGGCGGUUUCUCCCUCUUUCCUUUAUAUGGAAUCAUUAUUUUCCCCAAAAAAAUCUUCUCAAAGGGCAAUGAGAUUUUCAAACUUGCAAAUACGUUGAUUGUUUUUUUUAGCAUGAACAGCGACUACGGAGAACGUGGCAAUAUCUGAUGAAUUUCAGGCACGACCAGGAGUCUAAGAGCUCACCCAGAUGGAAGGACGCGUUUCCUCUGGAUGAUCAGGUGUUUUUACAUUUCAUGACAUUCGAUAAAUUUGAGGCGCACAGUAAAGGUUUUAUGGUGAAAUAUACAUUUGGAAAAAGUCUUAUUGCUGAGUGUUCAGUUAAUUCGAUGCCAAAACAUCAAAAACGCAAAAUUAAUUUUCUCGUGGUCCAAGUAAUUCAAUUUUUUUAUUCCAACUCAAAAGAUGGGAUCAUUCUGCAAUCUGUGAAAUCUGACCAAAUAAUUCGAUGCUCUAGUCUUUGAAAACCACUUUUCAUUGCGCAUAUAUGAAUGUAUGCAAAUGUGGCUAUGAUUGGGAAACUGCUUUUAGAUUCAAACUAAAAAUGAAGAAUUUCAUUAAGAGAAAAUAUUUGGCCCAUACUAAUCUCCUGACUUCAAUCAUACCAAAUAAAGGAGGCCGCUUGACCUUGAUUUAUGUACGGAUAAGGUUGUUCUUUAACAUUUUCGACUACUGAUGAUUGACCAGAAGAAGCGGAUUUAUUUAUGUUCUCACUUCAUCACUUGGACGUACCUCAGAUUGACAUAGAAGCAGAAGUUUACAAAGCUCUUCAGCUUCCACCAAAAGGCGGCUGUCGACAGGUUGCCGCAGUCCUUGGGUGUGCACUGAUCCUCUUUAAAGCUCUCAAGGACUCUAGAAGCACCAAGGUACGUACGAAAGGGACACAUUUAAUGGAAUUUGAGAACUUUCUUAACAAUGAUUUAUUCGAAUAUAUUACUCACGGAAUGAUACGAGGGUUUAUCUUCCCACUGCGCUUACAGGAAACGAUGAAAACUGUAGAGGACAGAAUGAAGCUUUUUUUACUUCACAUUGCAGUACUGAACAAACUGCCGUUGAAGUAUAGAGCUCACUUCAUAGACGAGAACUUGUUAAAUGAAUUCUGCAGAACAAAGGACGGUAACGUCUAUCCCUUUAACGAGGUUAGUGAGGCUAUGUAACAAAUUAUCGUACAGUGGUCUCCCUCACAAUUGACACUGUCCUAAUGCAACUUCAAGAAUAUCGUUUCCUAGACAACCAUAGAUAAAAUGCAUUGCAGAGUUUUGCAUAGUGACUAGGCUAGGCAAAGACACCAUUUAUUUUUCCUAAUUUCCUUUUCCUAAACAAAUAAUAAGGAAAAUACUGAAGGUGAAGAAUUUCCCGAAGAAUUCGGCAUAAAGGAGGUAUUCUAUCCCAUCCUAUGAAUAAGCAAUGCUCAGUAACUGAAUUCACUUUUAAAUGUCAGCUAUAAGCAAACUUUCGACAUCGUCGUCAGACGGAGAUUAGCAGUACACCAGACAAAACGUCGAGAUCAACACACUAGGCGUUUGAUUAGCCUGACUCUUACAACGUGAGGCAAACAAUGAAACAUUCAUUUAUAUACUAAGCUACUAUGAACAACAACAUUUCUUAUAAUAUCAUACUUCUAUUUUCGAUUAAGAAAUAUUUUGCACACAUCUAAUUUGCAGUUUUGCAAUCGAGAGAAUUUAUGUAAAAAGGAGCUUUGUAACGUUUCUCGGGGCUUUUGGGAUGCAAAAACAAUUAAAAAAUGACAAAAAAAUUACAAUAGGAUAAAAAAACAUACCUUUAGGUGACAGUCGGAAAAUUUAUCGACAAAGAUGUAGAAUUUAAUAUGAAUUGUCUGUGCAAAAAAUUAACAAAAAGAAAACACUUGAAAAUCAGGCUAGAUUUCUCAAGAUAUACGAAACUGUUAUGUCAGUGACUAAAAGAAGCGUGGUACGUUUAUUAUCUGCUAACAGAUCCACAUGUGUUUAUGGGAGAUUUUAAAGGCAGUACAAGUUGUGCAGGAAUAUGCAAGUACAAACCAAACAGGCAAUGACUUUUUUAAGUCAGUGGCAGAUUUAAUGGAUGGGCGUCUGGUCCAUACUCUCUUUUCCGUUGUCUUGCAGCAAAGGUCAAAAGGCGUUGAAGGUGGGUUAUGAAAAUGGUGAGGUCAAUGGGGCAAUCAUUGCGUGUAUGGGAAAUCCCUGAUGGUGACACAGAAAUUCUUUGGACGGUUAGGACCGUUCGGGCUUUCAUGUUUAUUUGUUGUUGGCGUUGUUUUAUUUAGCCUGAAUUUUUUUUCUUGUUUAUGUUUCAUUUGCUUUUUUAUGUUCCGCUUUUUAUGGAGAGCCCACGGAUACACGGAAGCCUAGUACCUCUUAAAUUUGGUAUGAUUUUACUCUGGCACUAGGACUCAGUCUACCGGAGGAUGUCAUCAAGGAAGUAGAAGAUGCGUGGAAAAAGGCUGUAAAUAUUGUGAACGAGUCAUGUGGUACUCACUCCCUUAAAGCCCAAUUUUUUCCCUUUGCUGAAGAUGUGUUAGACUUUCAUGAAGGAGAAGGUGAGAAAUGUCCACCAGCGGGUUCUUAUGUGCGAAUUAUUUUCCUUAUUUCUAUCUCUUUUUCUUGAUUUAUAUCUGCGUUUUCUGGGUAAGGGGUUUUGUUUCUUUUCUUUGAGAAUGGACCGUGAAGUUUCCAUGAUUACUGUUCUUUGAAUCAUGGAAACAUUGUUUUCCUCUUUUUCCUGUUGCACGUGAAAGAACUAUUUUUGAACUUGUCUCUAAAUGAGUAUAGUCAUAAAAAACUUUUGCAAUUUGAAAGGUUUUAAGGUUCUUAAAAGAACUUGAACAAGUCUAAAUUAUGCUCUAUCUGAAUUGAUCGGGCGAAAACAAGUCAGACAUUGGAUCAUUCAAAUAUGACAAAGUUAAACGACAUACCAUGUUGGCCCUGUUCACAUCAAAGAAGUUCAAUAUUGGUGGUUACACCUGCAGACGGCAAAACUUCAUUCUUUUAAAAGUGGAACACUUAUACUCUUACUGAGUGGGCGACAGGAAUUGCACAUAUUAAGCGCUUAUUUUGUUAUGUUACAACAGUUUCAGUGAUGCGUUCAGAUGCAGACUCUACCAUGAAGCUCAGGCGACUUACUGAGGUGCAAAGCGUUCUUGUGAAUGAUUAUGCUGGGGAUAUUCGAUCAGAAAUUAAUGCCAUGGCAGAGUAAGUUGAUAAAAAGAUAGAGCCUUGUCUUUCGAGUGGUUUUAAGCUGGUUUUAUCUUCAUUGAUGCUUCUGUGUGUCGUUCAGUUGUGUCCAUUGAUCUUGUGCUUCGUUUGCCAGGUCGUCCUCAUUUCAAAUGAGUUGAGACUUGGUUUGGAAAGCCGGUAAAAGUCAAAGACUGGAAGAAUUAAGCACAGUUGGAGCACUAAGUUAUGCACGGUCACCCUUGAUCAUGAAAGAUGUCAACAUUGAAGCUUCAGAACCUUUCGCUUCAAAUUAAUAAUAACGACUUCAACAAGUUUCCGAGCAUUAGGAGUGCAUUCCAAAGAGAAUACGAGAACUGACGAGUUUACUGGAUUGAACUUAAUAGAGAACUAAAUUGAAAAAAACCUGUAACUCUUGUGUAAUUUUAGUUUGUAGUUUUGUGGAAUUUUUUGCCCGGCUUGUUCAUGUUCUGCAGAGAAACAAGUGACGACGAUAUACCUAAUAUUGGUCGGGAAUUUGAUGAACGAUACCACUGGCAUUCUCUUAGACCACUUUCUGAUGAUUACGAUAGAACGAAGAAAUCUAUUACAGGUAAAAUACCUCCAAGCUUAUUAAAGUUGAACCAGAAAAGAACCUGAUGAUCAAUGUCAUUACCCGAGCAACUGUGUACCUACCACUUACCCCUCCCCUAACCCAAAAACGUCAACUAAGUAACAAGUUGGGGUUAAUGUAGGGUUAGGGGAGAGGUAAGUGCGCAAUUGCUUGAAUACUGAUUUUUAAUCCUAAGUAUUUCCACUCCAAGGCAGCACUGCCAUCUUUAUAUGAUAUUGUUAAUACUUUUUUAUUAAGAUAAUCCUCCAGACAAUCCUUGGCAAAGGAAACGGUAUUUUCAAGAUAAGCAAAAAUAUAUUCGCUUUCAAAGAUUCUACGGCAACUCACUGGUUGGUGGCAUUGAUCAACAAAAAAUCAUCACUGUCACAGUGUCAGGGUCAAAAAAGAAAACGGGAAAAAGAAAGGAAAAUAAGCAGGUUAGUUUUGUUAAGAAGACUAUUAUAAAAGUCAAUUAUUUUAAAAUAAAGUCUCUCAUUAAGUCUUUUUUUUACAUCGCUGGAAAGUUAGAUUCGAAUCGAGAUAUGGGAUUUCUUGGCUGUUUUGCGUCGAUCAUUUUCUGGUUUGUUUGUGUUUUAUUUUUUGUUUUUGUCUGUUUGUGAGCGUGACUAUAAUAUCUACGCACCCUAUUUCACUCUACCCGGGUAUGCAGAGAAGCAAAUUCACUGGAUGCAUUACAAAUUUUUAGCAGAAAAUCCCUUUCAGUCUAAGGAAGGUAUUUCUUUAGCUUCUCUCAAGUAACAUUUUCACUCCUAAUUUUCAAACAGAGCAAAAACGCUGCAAAAAUUAUCGAGGAAAGUCUUAAAAAAAGCAGAGGUGAGUUGUAUGUUUGCCCGUGAAAAGGGCACACAUCCUAUAUUAUCCUUGCAUGUCGGCUUACCACAUGCUUAUAUCAUGCAUCAUACCUAAAACAAAUCAUGCACCUUUUGAUCUGUGGAAAAGAUAACCGGCCAGGAACUGACCCUCACAAGUCGGGUCAAGAGGAAGAAAGAAACCUGUUCUCUCGCCUGAGAUGCUUGUGUAGUAAUUGGCAAAACUGAUGUAUUAUACUUGAUUUCAAUAAACUUAGGAUGGUCUUUUAUUUUUGGUAUUUUUUAAACAGAGAAAGCGGAAUUGAAAGAUCAAGAGAAGUGGGAUGGCAUUGUGAGGGACAUCGAAACAAAUCUGAGGAGAGAUAACUUCAGCGAUGUUCUGAAAUUGAUUGAUAAAUAUCUAAUAGAUUGCAAAUCUCCAAAACUUCGUCUUCACGCGCUCAUAAAAAAAGUCGAUAGUUGCUUUGAAGGCUGGAAACAGACAAGUACGUUAAAGUAAAACGAAGUGUUUUCAUUUUACAUUACAAUUGCUAUGUUGGUAAAGCAGAAAAACAGACCGGCAGUCAUGUUGGUUUCCGAAGUCAGUUUUCUAGGAUUUGAAUCCUUCACAGAUAAAUUAUUUCAUUUCAUCCAAUAUAUUUACCUUAGCUACUCAAAACGGGAGUGAAAACGCUCUCAGAGAGAAACGGGACGAGAUUUUAAAAAUAAAAUAUUAAAGCGUCCAUCUUCACCACAAGGAUGCUAGAGUUGAUGCGGUUUAAACAUUUUCCUUAUAGGAACCUCCGACCCAGAAUCUAAUGACAUGAAAUAUCCUAUCAUUUUGAUGGAAAGCGUUCAUAAAAUUGUUCAAGACCUACCAAGUGUUCUUACCGAUAAGAACAAGAAGAAACUGGCUAAAAUUAUGCAAAAGCUGGGAUUUGACGACCUCGUGCCCUUGUUUUGUGAAAUGCCACCAGAUCGUGAGAAAAAGGUAAAUAUCCCAUCCAUUCCAUAUCAAAUAUUCAACAGAAGCACGAGAAUCCUAUUUUGUUGAAUGUUUUCUUAACCCUUUAACUCCCGGAUCAAAUUUGUAAUUCUCCUUACUGUCAACCAUACAAUUCCUAUAAUAUUAGGUCAAAGAAUUUAGUAUUGGAUCAACUAAUUAUCCCUUAAUUGAUAUUUUUCUUCAUCACUUGUCUGGUUGAUACUGUAAUGUAUAGUAAGGAGAAAUUCUGUCUUGGUCACUCAUGGGAGUUAAAGGAUUAAUACUCUCAGUACAUGCCAAAGUCAACGAAAAUCGAUUUGCCUAUAGACUUCACUCUUUCUAUGCAAAAAAAGCACUUUUCACCUUUUCCAGUUAAUGAACACUACUAUGUAAACUAAAGAAACUCUAAUGAUAUCGAGCAUCUAAAUUCAUCCAUCUGUUUCACCGCUAAUAUCUCCUUAAAAUGACCUUCUUAACCUUGUUUAAUGUAACGAAACUUAAAUCUCAUAGACAACAAUGUCUAUAUUCGUGACGGUGAUCAUGGAGGAUUCCAAGUAACAAAAUAUCCGUCCGACGGAGAUAAGCUGCAAUGAAAGAAACUGCAGGAAAGAAGCCUUCGAGAAUUCAAGCUUUGACGUGACUCGAGUAAAAAAUUAUUUCACUCAGUUGUCACUGAGAGUUCUUAAACCGUUACUUACAUCUUUUCCAAAGAUAUCAUAAAAGUUAAAUACCAAUGAGACUGAUGAGAACUGUUUAGAUAGGGAUGAAUUACGUUUCAAACGACUCUCUUAACCUUGUCGAAUCUUAAAUCUCAAAGACAGCAUUAUACAUUAAUCAUCAUGCGAGAUUAAAAUUAUAAACCAUAAAAGUUACUAAGGAAUAAAUGAUCAUCGGAUAUGAGCUGUAAUAAAACAAAUUACAGGGAAGAAGCCUAUGACGGGACAUGUGACACGUGAAUGAGCAUGUAAGGAAUGUCAUAAAAAUUUGCUUUCAUAGUUCUUAAUUGUUGAUAAUAAUGUUAAUAGUAGAUUUUUUAAAGAUAUCCCUUUGUCCCAAGAUAUCGUCAGAGGAAAUAGUAAUGAAGACUUUUGAGGUAAAGAUGUUGAGCACCUCAGAAUUAUAAGUCAGAAAUGCCUCUUGAUCCUAGAAUGAACAGCAUUUUGUUCACACCACAAGUACAAGAUUCCAACUUGAAUACAUGGGACAUUUGCUGAAACGGGAAGUGAGAACUGAUCCGGACUCUCGGGUUGAACAUUUUAUUCCGGAUACAUGGCAGGUAUGCAUGAAUAUGUAUCCAUUUCCAUACGUAAUGAAAAAAUGGUAGCUGGACGUAUGUUUUAAACGAUAAUGGUUCAGUAGAAGGUUGUAGAGUGUCUUUACCAGGGUCCUUUUUGACAUUACUUCAUAAAGCUUCAGGAAAGGUGCGAAGAGAUCUCCUUUUUGAAGGCAGUUGUGCAAUUUUAUGCCGGUAUGUUUUGUCUAUAUUUCGAAGCGCCAACUUCUCGAUGCCGUCGAUAACAAUGAAUCAGCAGUGAUAGUGGCACCAACCUCUUCAGGAAAGACUUACGCCUCGUACUACUGCAUGGAGAAAAUUCUUAGGAAGGAUAAUGAUAGUGUAGUGGUCUACGUUGCACCAACAAAGGUAAAGUGUCUGUCUAUGUCAUCUUCUUUCCCUAAAUAUUUUUUAUAUCAGGGCGAGGUUCGAGGAGGAAUGAGCCCCAUAAACCAUAUUGUUCAGAAUUUUUUUCUGCCAUUAAAAGAAUAUAAAAAAAUGUACUGCUCACCAAAAUAACCAAACUAAAAAUGUGUGGCCACCGUAGUAUAAUUUUCAGCAACUUUGAAAACAAUUUUCGGAGUUUCAAGACCUGGUCAGUGACAGGAUGUUGUUUAUACCUUUGAAUGGAAGAGGAAAACAUUAUAUGAUUCCUGAAGCAUACUACUUCUUUAUAUUCUGCAUAUGAACUUCCUGUAGAGAACAGCUUCAAAAUCCAAAUACUACCAAAACCUCGGCCGAAUUUGUCUGAAGGAGGUGGUGUUCUAAAGAAACUGUGGUGCCGCGUUGGUGGAGGCUUUUACAAGAUAACUUGGUUCAUAAUGUGAAUUGGCCACCAUAGAGAGUUUCUGAAGCUGACGUUUCGAGCAUUAGCCCUUUUUCAAAAACUUGUUUGCUAUGUUCUGGUUGAAUAAAAUCUACGGUUCAUUUAAGUGUAUUGUAUAAAGAGUGUUCCCUUUAGCCCUGAUCAUUAUCAGUCAAAGUUGCAACACGCAAAAAAAAAAAAGGAAAAAAGAAACUGUGAAGCCACCCUUUUGAUAAAGAAAACUGUUUAUGCUUUUUUUUUGUACAGCCUGGUCAAUUAUGUUCUAUGUUUCUUUUAGGCUUUGGUCAAUCAAGUCGUUGCUACAAUUUAUGCACGGUUUGAAAAACAGAUGCCAGAGGGAAGAUCAGUGUUCGGUGUUUUCACGAGAGACUAUCGUCACAACACGCUAAAUUCCCAGGUUACUGGAUCUGAAUUUGGAAAAUCAGUAACGCUAAUAUCCGUUUAUCUUUCUUUGGAUCAACUCAUCUUUGUUAUACAUCCUUUGAAAAUAUGGAAAAAGUAUGAGGAAUGCCUCAGAUCUCAUUGGUUUAGUAACUUGCGUGUUUUUUGGAAACACUUUCAAAGUUAAUCUUAUUACAAUAUGAGAUUGUCUGUGUAACUCUUUUCCCGCAGAUUCUUGUUACAGUCCCACAGUGUUUGGAGAUCCUCUUUAUUUCUCCACACAGACAGCAUUGGACGAAGAAUGUCAAAUAUGUGAUUUUUGAUGAGGUAAAAGAUCGUCAUAUCGUUCUUUUGCCAGUCAACCAGUAAAGGUUUGCUGAACGUACAUACAAUUUCCCUGAGAUUUAUUGUUGAAUUUAUAAGACUAGUUUAUUGUUCGAGCUAGGAAAUGCUACUUAAUACAUGUCUGUUUUCUUUUUAGUUUGUGUUUCCAUGAAGUUCUGUGUCAUUAUCAAUUUAUCAAUUUCCAACCCUCGCCAGUAAGUUAAGAAUUUAGUAAUGAUAACUUUAGACUGAAGUAGAUUCUUUCUUGGUUUGCAUAGGUUCACUGUAUUGGAUCAGAAACUGGAGCUGAAGUCUGGGAGCAUCUCCUACUUAUGAUUCGCUGUCCCUUCCUGGCGCUCUCCGCAACCAUUGGAAACCCAGAGGAUCUAAGACGGUAAGAGUUUAAGUAGAGAUAUUAAUUUAUUCACCGACGACUUUUGAUGAACAACUGGAAACAUUUUUGCCGUGGCCUUCUUAUUGAUAGCAGAGGUUGAAGAAUUCAUUUUCUUGUGUAUAGCUGGUUGCAAGCUGCUCAAGACUUUCGUGAAAAGCAAGACAAAGAAAAUAAAGAAAAUCUGAGGAAGUCAUAUCGCAUCAGGUUAGGUAGGAGAGAAAUUAGUGUAUUGGAAUGCUAUGAAAUGUUUCUUGUUGCGUGCUUUUGUACUUUACUAGAAUAAAAUGAAGCGAAAUGACGUUUAAAAUGAUCACAAAUGCACUAAAAAAAUAAGAACAAAGAAAACGAAAAACAUUCCUCCUCCUCCGCGUGAACAAAAACAUUCAUGUCGAAAGUGCUUUUCACAGAAUUUCUCUCAACGAAGAGCUACUUGCUUCCAAUUAAUGUUAUUGGUGACAAACGUUUCGCCAAUAUAUCACUUUUGUUGAACUCGAGUAUAUUUAUUUCAGAACUUAUCGUUACUUCUCUAAAUUUUGUUGAUUGCUUCUAAUUCCUUCGCUUAUUUUUAAGUCAAAUUUGAAGGACGGUACUCCGAUCUAGAAAAGAGCAUUUACCUUCCAAAUAAUUGUGAAAAAGGAUACGAUGAUUACAACAACGAGGCAUUCGUGAGGCUUCAUCCUUGCGGCCAGCUAAGACACCAACAGGUUAGCGUUUUUAACUAUUCCUGAGUACAUUCAAUAUUUUACAAGCGUACUUUUAUUGACAUAGCACAACAAAAGGGUGCAUCUUACCAAUGAUAAUAAUCAAUAAUCGAGAGUUGAUUGCUUUUCCCUCAGUCUAAAAAUGAAGACACCCUCACUUUGGUAUUUUGUUUGAUGAUGAUGUAUAUAAAUCAUCAAUAUAUAUUUUUUUCUUUUGAAGUUCGUUUGCUCCUUCGCUUUCAAUCUAGAUUCAAGAUUCUUCUUUGGGAUCAGAUUAGUUUGUAUGAUAAGCUGAAUUAUACCCGCAAUUUGUUAUCAGUUCUUACUUAUGGGCAGGACGGACGCAUAGAUUAUGUCGCCAUCAACAGAAGUUUGCUUUUUGCUAUCAUAUUAAACAAAUAGAAUCGACACUGCCGUGGUUCUGUACUGAAAUAGAUCACAGGAGACGAUAAAGCGCGGUAAGAGCUGCAAUGACAACUCGGUUGCCCCUCGAGUGCCACUUUUUUUGUUCAUACUACAUUUUGACGUCAUCUGGGAUCAAUUACAUAAUAUACGCAACAUGGAAUCGACGAUUUGUCCGAGACAUUUAGGAAAAAUUUAUAAGUUAGGUCUUUGGCUAAAAGUCUUACCUGUUCCUUCUUUUACACAGCUUCGCCAAAAAGGUUUACCAGGUGAUAUGGCACUUACACCAAAAGAAUCUCUACAAUUAUAUGACACUAUGGUUAGCGUGUGGCCUGACUGUGAAUCACUCCAGGUCAGCGGAGUAGUUAUUAAUAUUUCAAUCUUAUUGGUAAAUUACAGAUGAGGAACACUGGAUAAUGUAAGUUAAAUUUCUCUUGGCAGAAUCUUUCUCCUGAGACAUAUUUCAUUGAAAAUAAAUUGAUCCAAAAGGGUCAUGCUCGGCAAUACGAGAGUGACCUGAAGAGGGAAUUCAAGUCUUGGGCAGACAGCAGAGAAUUGACAAAGGUGAAAAAAAUUUAUUUGGUUUUCUUUGUUUCGUUAGGUCUAACCAUGCUCAAAAAGAAAGGGAAAAAUGUGCAACGUUGAAACGUAGCACGCACUUUGUAGGAUAAAGGCUCUAAUUUUUAAUGUGUUUUGAAUAGAAUUAUUACUUUUUUGUCAGGUUCAGUCAGUUAUAAAUUCUUUAAAGUCAGUUUUCUUGGAAAAUCACUCUUUAACUGAAGAACAAUGGGGUGGAUUGGGAAUGACUUUUUCUGGUAAACAGUUCAUAAAGAACAAUUUUGCAAAACUCAUUGACGAGCUCAGAGCCCAGGACAAACUGCCUGCCUUAGUGUUUAGGUAAGUUGGAAUUAUAAAGGAACAAAGUUACUUAAAAACUCUAAAUUGUAAUUGCUCAUAAUUUCUCCAUUCAUUUCUUCUUAAUUAGGAAGUUAGUAAGGGGAAGUAAUGUGCAACAUAAUGUUAAAUACAGAUGUGCGGAGUGAAAGACAGCUUAAUAGGAAAUUAGUAUUCUUAUCUGAUAUGUUCUUCACAUGGCCAUUUCAAACAUUUUUCAUAGAUAUUUAGCCAGAGAUACAAUCGAUUUCUUUUUUUAAUUUGGAAAAGGAUAAAAACUGCGAGUAAACGUAUUAGUUUACAGGAUUACCCAGAGUAGACGUGUCAAUUGAAUGACAGAGGCCUAAUCUCCAGUAAUUGAAAUUGCAGGCAAAAGGUUAGUUAACUACGUAAGAAAAGGUCAUGGUUAUUCAUACGGUAAUCGAAAUGUUCGUGUUGAGCACUCUCUUUGGUUUUCCUACGUAGCAAUGAUCGUAAACUCUGCGAAGAGCUGGCAAUCGGUUAUGCUCAGAAACUAGAAAGCAAGGAACAAAUUAUCAGGAGAAAAGGCAACACAAAAGAGGCAAAACUUGCACAGAAGAGACAAGGAAAAGCUGAAAAAAGUUUGCACAGAAAAAGAGAUGAAAUGCAGAAAGAAAAAGAGAAAAGGUAGUCAGUUCAGUAAUUUGGUCAUUCUGAAAUGACUUAUGACAGUAAAACUACAGUAGAACCUCUGUGACUCACCAUUUUCCAUUUAGUAAAUUUCCUGUCCAUUCUUUUGCUUAACCUAUGUUAAGACUGUUCUGUUUCCGAACUGUCUUUCUAGAUAUGAAGGUUCUUUUGUAUAUGAUGAAUUACUGCUUGUUUAUAUUUCUUGUGGUUGUUUGCUUUUCUUGUUGUCGUUUGUUUGCUGUGCUUUUAUACUAAAGGGUAUCACUGCUCUCCACAAGAUCAAAAAGCCAACCAGAUAAGCAAGAUGAGAGGGGUUCUCUUUCAGCCUUGAACGAGGUUCUACCGCAGUGCACAUUGGCAUUAAAUACUGGGAUUGGAAAAGAGGUAGGAAGUAUAAACAAAUGCUGUUUCAAUAAUGAAAAUAAUAAGUCUUCUGCGACUUCGUUUCUUUUUCACCCAGUAUAUCAGUUUUUGAGUUUAUUUAGGUUGCAAACGUAGAGCCGUUUUACUUUUUUUCUGAUCAAUAGAGCAACUGCUCAUCUGAAUUAUACAAUGUUGACAGCAGCCAAGAGAAGAUAUUCUCUUGCAGGAGCUAAAUGGUAAUGAACACAAUUGAAAGAUUUAUUCUGACGCAGUUAUUAAAAGAAAAAAGAAACAAGAAUUGACCGCAUUAAUUCAUUUUCAGGAUUACGACGAGAUAAUGAAGAGAAUCAGGUUCAUCUCUGAAAAAUCGUUAUUCAAGCGGGCUCUAAAACGAGGAAUCGGCUUUCAUCAUAGUGGAUGUAGCGCUAAUAAACGUUCUGUGGUGGAAAUGUUAUUCAGAGGCAAAUACCUUCAGGUUAGAUUUCAUUAUCGGUAUGUAAAAUAUCAAAAAAGGCACAUGUUUCACAUUCGUGGACUCACAAAAAGUCCUUGACUUUCAACAUUUUUACCUAAAUAAUAAUUCAAAUUGAAGAUUUAGGCCAUAAGGCAUCAUUAUUAAAGAGGUGUUUUCCCUGGAUCCGCUGAUGAUACCGCCUCAGGAUUUGAUUAACUAGUUUUGUAGGAAAUGCAUAUUAAAUAGUGACCAUGCUUUUAGUCACAAAGUUUGAAAUCUGACGCUUCGCCUUACAAUACUCAUUUAACUUGUUAGGUGGUCAAUGCAACGUCCACGUUGGCUCUCGGCAUCCAUAUGCCUUGUAAGUCAGUGGUGUUUGCCGGAGACUCGUCCUACUUAAAUUCGCUGCAGUACCGACAGGUAAAUGGGAGAUAUAACCUCACUAAUCAUCAGCUUUCUGAUAAAGCGUUGUGGUGGUGGAUAACAAUUAUUCAUGUGAUAUAUCUCUUUCCAUUCAAGGAUAACAUGACACAGAGGUUUACUUGUUAUUUUCAGAUGUCUGGUAGGGCGGGUCGGAGAGGUUUUGACCCCGUGGGAAAUGUCAUUUUCUUUGGAAUUCCUUACCGUAAAGUCCAGCGCCUCAUGACUGCAAAUAUCCCAAAGCUUGUUGGCAACUUCCCCAUCACUGUUUCACUGGUUCUGCGGCUGCUUCUGAUGACGACUCAAGCAGAUGACAAGAAAGACGCCCUCACUAAGGUUUGGAAGAAUAUAUCAAGAAUGUAUUCUUAAUUCAUAGUUUCCUUUUUAUGCAAUAGAUUAGAUACCUUCAGGCAGUAGGUGUGCCUCUUUUGCUCGACUGACGCUUAUAAAUUGAAAUGAAGACUACAUAAUUCACACGUACGACAUGUAUUUACAAUGUAAAGAGUUAGUUUCCAUGCGUUACAUUUGUGCGAGCAAUCUAAGCCACCAUAGAUUGUACCACCAUACAUAUACUCGUGUAUAUUUUUUCAGGUGAAAAAAGGGGGUGUGUUUCUAUAGAUAAUGUGCUGCCGCGUCGGUGGGAGACUACAUAAUAACAAAAGCGAAUGACGAAGGGCUAACGUUUGAACCGUCAGCUUUGAAACUCUUUAUGGUAACCAAUCUACGUUAUCAACUCAUUCGAUAAAUAAAACUACUAAAUUACCCUGAUUUUUCAGGCCCUAGCAUUACUGUCUCAUCCUUUUAUCUGUCGAAAAUACCCUCAACUGGAAAUCCAGAUCAAGUUACAUUUCCUCUUCAGCGUUGAACUUCUGGUUAGAUUGGUGAGUGGAAUGACCAAAAGUUUUCAUCUCUUAAGUUGACACAUUUUUCUUGGCCGUGCCGUAAUAACUUUUCUGCAUAUUUAGUGAGGUGUGGUAUCUUAGAUGAGAGAGAAUAUUAUAUAUAUAACAUAUAACCGUCUGAUAAAGAAAAUUUCAGAGCCAAUCGAAAGCCUGCACAAAGACAUUUGUGGCUAAAGUCUUUGAUUACUCGUUUAAUUCCAGUCUCUUAUAAACAAAGAAACCGGAGCUCCACAGGAAAUGGCCGGACUGGCAACCCAUCUUCAUUACCAUGAACCGUCCAACUUUGUCCUAAUCAGCUUUCUACGAAGUGGUCUCUUCCACAAGCUUUGUCAGCCAAGGACAAAGGGUAAGCCGACCUAAAGUUUUUGAUAGCUUCUUUAAGCACAGCGACUGAUUCGAUUAGAUUAGGGCACAUUUUAAGAGCCUUUUGUGAACAUCCCACUUUUCAGACGCUCAGGGGAAAACGAUAUCUUGAAAUAUGAUUGUAUGUGAUAGCAUCAUCAAAAAGGAGGGUUAUAUGUCUCUAACUUGGAAAAUCGAAGAUUUUAGUUUGUAUGAAGUGAGUAAGAGUAUUUCUACGCUCGCAUGGAUGGAAUUUCAAUCCAUGGCAGGUUAUUUGCAGUUUUCCUGACAGUUCAUAACUCAAUACUCUACUCUCGUAAGGAGAGAGACAUUUUUAGUGUAUCAGUUACCCAAAAAUACAACACAAUGACCAAGUCAGGAUCAGCCGGUUUUCCAGCCCAGACCUCUUAACACAAAGUCCAGCACGUUAACUACUGCGUCUCAGAUUUAUCUCUGAGGAGUUUUUGAUCUUCAUUGCUACCGUUGGCGUAGUGCUCUUUAGCGAACUUUUGACCCGUUCAUCUCGUUUCAGUUUACGUUGAUUUUCCUUUUUCCCCCUUUGACAGGAAAAUUUUCUGUAGACGUUAUGAGAAAAAUGGUACUUGUUCUCAGCCACUUAAUUGGAAGGACUUAUGUUCACCCCUCUUUGAUGCUCAGGGAUCGAUCUUCAUCAAAAGUAAGUGACUAUUUAUUGUUUAUACCCAGGGGGGAGGUGGAGGGUUUUGAGGGGGACCAUCAAAAGAGCAUAAAGGUAAGACCACGGACAAUUGACUACCAGCUAGCAACUAAUGUGGGGAGAUCAAAAUAACAUCAUCACAGAGUCUUAUGUGAGGGGAGAAAUUAAGUAAAUUUUAUGGAGACACAACCAAAAUCCCCAACCAUCUUCCCCCUCCCCUAAAGACUGAUUCCUCAGUAUUACCUUCCCUCGGAGGAUCUAUUGGUUUACCUUUCAAUUUAGUUUGUUAUGAAUCACAGACUGCGGAAUGGCUCAUCUUGAAAACGAGUCUAUUGUUGGUGAGUUAUUAUAAAGUUAGUCUUUUUCAGAAAGGGAAAAUUGCUCUUAAUUAUGUUUUCUGAAAAGGUUUACUUGAAUUUAGGCAUGGGUCACAUGCACGAAUUACAAUACAUUCGGAAAAAAUCAUUUAAAAAAAAACAUUUGGUUUUUCUCUAACUCGUCAAAAGAGAUGUGCAGCGAGUUACUGUAACUAUAGACGACGCACACCAGCAAUACAUUCGAUUUAAAAAAUCAUGUGGUUUUAAAAAAAAGAAUUUACUCGGGGAAAUCGAGCACAAGGAAACCUUUUAACUAAGCAAACACAACUAAAUCGUCCAGACGUGAAAGAAACUUGACAGCGAUGAUGAACAAUGUGACGCAGACUGAAUUACUGAAAUAAAUGUUGACGAGGCGGCCUGGGUCGAGGGAUGGUUUUUACAGUAACUGUUAAGCUUCUUCGUUAUAUAAAUCAUGGACGCUUUUGCAUUUUGAACUUAAUGCAGUUGAUUUUGGAGGAUCUCCCGAGUGAAUUUGCUAAGGUACUCGAAAGCUACAACCGUGAGGUCACCGAUAUCUUUAGUCAGUACCUUGCCACAGUGGCUAAGUGGUUGGGAGAGGGAAGAGGAGAGAAUUACAAGCUCCCCCUAUCAGGAAUAGGUAAGAAAUAUCCAAUGCGCAUUCUAGUUCGCAUAAUUUUAUAUUUGCUUAAACCGGAAUAUAUUUUCAGAGAAUACGUCAGUUCGGUAAGAGAUUCCAUGCUGCUGUGCGUCUGUCUGUUCAGCAAUAAAUCACAGUUGACGUCAAAGUGUGGUAAGUACAUAAAUAUGGCACACGAGGCGCAGGCCAGUCUGACACUAAUGUUAUCAACACAUUUUGGCGCCAUCUGUGAUUUGUUACUGACAUUAUGCACGGUAACCUGGAGUCUAUUUCUUUUAGCAAAUCUUUUAGUUUGUCCUCCAAUAGAUCAUAUGUAAGAAACAAUCAAAAUGAGCAUAUCAUUCAGUUUAUCAUAGAGAUUUAAAUUAUGGAAAACACGUAGAUUGCUGUAUUCGUGUAAUAAAAGUAUUUCUGCCGCAGAAUUUCCAAAUGAAGCCAGCAUCGAUGGCAUUGCCGAGCACGAUAUGAUCAAAGUCCUUGCAAACACUUCCAUCAAGCCUUUGGCUUGUUCUUACUUCGCUACGCUGUCAGGGAAUACAGACUCACAGUUACAUCAUACCAGCCAAAUACCAGGCGAUCAGAGUGAAGAUGAAGUUGAUAGCGAUGAGGAAGAAUGGGAGGAAGAGCCACUAAGAGAUAUGCACAAGGUGAAAAUUAGACUGUUUUAGUUUCGCUGUUUCCUUCACGGCUUUUUUCAUUUUUUCUCAGCAGACCAUUUGGGACAAAAUGACUCUUUACAAUCUAGACUAGCCUUAUUUGGGAUUUUGGGUUCAAGAAAUAUAAAUCUAUAAUUCUUUUAAUUUAAAAAAAUUGAUUCCAUGGGUUUGUUCAAUAACAGAUCAAAUGUAAAGUCAAAAUGUGGUAUAAAAUUAAAAAAGUGGUACAUUAGGCGCGGCCAAGUGAUUCGCUGAUGCUCUUACCACAUUUUGAAAUAAUCUGUGAUCUCUUACUGAACAAACCCAUGUCAACAAGGAAUUUAUUUGUAUCAUAUGAUAAAAAAAAUGUUGUUAAUGGUCAUCUAUGCUCCUCCGAUAGAUCAUAAGUAAAAACCAAUCAAAAGUGUGUGUAGGAUACAGUUUAUGAUAUAAAUUUUCGUUGAUACCAAAGUGGGCGUCAGGAAUUUUUUUCCUAUUUGUUUAGAUCAUUCGUCAAGAUAUCUACACGGACAUGAAUCUCGUUCCUAUUCUUCGACUCAGGAAUAGGCCACCCUUAAAUGCUUAUGCAUUGGAUUUUUUCAAACACGGAUCCGCCAAAGUUAUAGAGAAAGAAAAUGGGUAAGAAAGUAACACAGAUUUAUUACCCACUGUGCUAGAAAAUAAAUUCAUUACUGACUUGAAUAUUGCUCUUUCUUUAUUCGGACCUUUCUUUGUCUUGUAAUUAAUGCAUUUUUAUCGCUUAAUCAAUAAAUCAUCCAUGUGCUAAAUAUUAAGAAUACAUCAAAAGCUAUCACUUUUCUUUAAGGCGCUCUACUCCUGCUUUUUAUUUCAUUUCCAGUUCUCUGUGAUAUUUGAAACAUUCACUUUGAUUUUAACUAUGUGCUAUGAUUUCACAGCAUGCUGGCUGGCGACGUUUACAAUGCUCUGAGGGAGUUUUACCUUACCAUUAAGUCAAUCAGGUAAUUCUUCUUAAUAUCCAAAGAAUACGCUGGGUUGAAGGAGGUGAUAGUAUAGUGAUAGAACACUACCUAAAGUUCAAAUAUCAGAGAUAUUCUGAUAUUUAAUUUUUCUCGUCAAAGUUUGUUGAGAUAUCCUUUUCACCUGAGAAACGUGGCUAAAAGAUAUUUUUUCUUGUGAGUACCAUAGUAACCAUCUUUAUAUUAUUUUUCCUCUUGGAUGCAGGAAUUACACCCUGCAGAUUUGUCUUUCCAAAUAUUUCGUCGCUCAAAUAGGACUGUAAACUAAUUUUCUUUCAUCAAAAAGACUCGCGAUAGACAAAAAGGCAGCAUUUCUACCAUUUUUAAUAUGCACAAUUUAAUGACACUUCAUAAUCAUUGUCGAUCGAUUAAGUUACAAGGAAGUAACUUGCUUUCUCGUUUUAUAGUUGUUCACUGGAAGAGCUGGGUCCUAAAACUGACAAUGUGGUAUUGGCUUUUAAGCAGCUGGCUCAGGAGUACGGAGAGAAGUUCAGAGACCAGUUUGAACAUGAGGCAUAG